AUGGCCCAGCUGGAGGGGAACCUGAAUCCUUUCUUCCAGGCCAUGUGCCGAGCACAGACCCUGCAGUUCUCCCACAAACGCAGCAGCAUGGUCAGCCUGGACAGCAUCCGCAGGGACCCACGCUGGAGAGACCCCAACCUGCAUGAGGUGAUCUCGAUGCUCAGCCACCCAAUGGAUCCAGUCAAGUCCAAUGCUGCCGCCUAUCUGCAGCACCUGUGUUAUGAGAACGAACGCAUCAAGCAGGAGGUGCGCCAGCUUAACGGAGUGCCAAUUUUGGUAGAAUUACUGGACCACCCUAAACCUGAGGUCCACCGCAAGGCCUGUGGUGCUUUGCGCAACAUAUCCUACGGAAAAGACCAUAAUAACAAAAUGGCCAUCAAGAACUGUGAUGGCAUCCAAGCUUUAGUCAGACUAAUGAGGAAGUCUAGCAGCAUGGAGGUCAAAGAGUUAGUCACAGGCACUCUGUGGAACCUUUCCUCACAUGAGCCGCUGAAGAUGAUGGUAAUCAACAACGCGCUUCAAACACUGACUGAUGAGAUCAUCAUCCCACACUCUGGCUGGAGGAGAGAUUCAGCUGACCCCUCCAAACUGCUGAGUGCUGAUUGGACCACAGUCUUCAAGAACACCUCUGGCUGUCUGAGGAACGUCAGCUCAGAUGGGGCGGACGCUCGACAGAGGUUGAGGGAGUGUGAGGGGCUUGUGGACGCUCUCCUGCAUGCCCUUCAGUCAGCAGUUGUCAACAAGGACACUGACAAUAAGUCAGUGGAGAACUGCGUGUGCAUACUGCGAAACCUAUCCUAUCAUGUUCACAAAGAGAUACCAGGAACCGAGCGAUUUCAGGAACCCCAUGCCAAUCUGAUGAGAUCAGUGGGGAACCAGAAGAAGAAGAAUGAGCCUGACUGUUUUGGAGGGAAACGACCCAAAGAAGAGUGGUUCAAUCAAGGUUGGAAAAAUGGAUUAAUGGACAGGAAAUACGGUACAUUGGAUUUACCAAAACGCACAGAACAAAUGAAAGGCUUGGAGCUGCUGUACCAGCCAGAGGUGGUGAGGCUCUACCUCUCUCUUCUCACCUGCAGUCACAACCACAACACCCUGGAGGCAGCUGCAGGGGCACUGCAGAACCUCGCUGCGGGACACUGGGCUUGGUCUAGCUACAUCCGGGCCACAGUGAGAAAAGAGAAAGGGCUGCCUAUUCUGGUGGAGCUGCUGCGCUCAGAUGUGGACAAAGUGGUGCGAGCUGUGGCUAUUGCUCUCCGCAAUCUGGCGAUGGAUAGAAGGAAUAAAGACCUAAUAGGGAGCUAUGCUUUGAGGGACCUUGUCGGUAAUCUGCCAUGUGGGCAGCAGCACCCAGCAAAGAAUCUUGAGGGAGAUACGGUGGUGUCUAUUCUGAACACCAUCCACGAGAUCAUCACGGAUAGCCCAGAGAAUGCCCGGGCGCUCAUACAGGGUCAUGCUGUGCAGAAACUGGUGGCCAUUAACAGGUCAAGCCAAUCAGCACGGGAGACCAAGGCUGCUUCCCAUGUGCUCCAGACAAUAUGGGCCUACAAGGAACUGCGAAACACACUGAACAAGGCUGGGUGGAACAAGAGCCACUUUAAGCCAACAACUACCGGAGUGACUAAAAAAUCCAAGAGUGGAAAGCAAGGCAGCGAUGACAUCACCUUGCCUCUCAUGGACAAAAACCAAGAUGUAUAUUCCAGUUUAGAGCCAAACGACAGAGUUGGAGAUGGAAAAGGGCCUGUUGUGGAAAGAGACACUCUCCAGGCAAUAAGUGAGAGAAAACACUUCAUCAGAGCUGGCAGGCCUGCAGUGGGCCUCAUGGAUAACAAACCUCCACCAUUGGACUCCUGGGUGUAAACAUGACAACACAGCCAGUCAAACCGGUUAAAUUCUGUAGAGACACUUUACAUUGGUAAAAUAUGGGUUUGUGCCAUUUGCUCAUUCUUGUACACAGAAACAUGUUCAAUUAAAAAUAAUUUCCUUUGUUUACAGGAAAUAGUGUGCCAAACAUUUACAUGUAAUUAUUAUGGAGGUUAUUUGGCAAAAGAUGUAAUUAAUUUUGUCAUUUAAGAUGAUAUAUUGUAUGUCUGAAACUCAUGAUGGAUUAUGUAUGACAUCUGAAAUAGCCUAAAUAUGCAAACUGUGGUGACUCAUGACUCCAAAGAAUAUAUGACAUGUACAAUUUGAAUUUUACUGCUACAUGCUACACACAAGUAUGAGAUAAUUUAUAAUACUUGUAGUUUGCCAAGCUUAAGGCCUAAAGUCUAUUCUAUUAUAUUGCUGUCCAUCCCUAUGGGUUCUGGGCUGUAGAAGAUUCUGAUAUAAAAUAAUUUUCUAAAAUUUUUUGGUCAGUGUUUGAGAUAAUUAGGAUUAGGGCUAUCAUCGGCCUAUUCAUCAAAAACAUCCAAAUAAUUUGGAAUUCAGUUUAUUCU